AGGGCGGCCAUGCCGUGGGCGGUGCGCCUCCUGUCCGUGGCCUGCGUCUCUGUGGCGGCCAAGAUGGAGGAGUACUGCGCGCCGGCGCUGUCGGAGCUCGACGCCGGCGGCGUCUACGAGUUCUGCUCCGCCUCCGUUCGCCGGAUGGAGCUGCUCGUGCUGUCCACGCUCGGCUGGCGCAUGGCCGCCGUUACGCCGUUCGACUACCUCCCUUGCUUCUCCUCCCGGCUCGACCGGCACGACGGCCGCGGCGGCGGCGGGCAUGACCUCGCCCGCGUCGCCCUCAAGUCCAUCGGCUCCAUCUUUGCCACAGCCGAAGCCGGCAGUGUGCUGGAUUACAGGCCAUCUACUGUGGCUGCAGCUGCAAUCUUGGCUGCAUCCUAUGAAGCUCUACUGACCAAAGAAGCACUGGAGUCCAAGAUGGACAAUCUAUCUCCAUCAUGCCCCAUUGAGAAGGAGCAUGUACAUGCCUGCUACAGCAUGAUGGUUGGCGACUUGAAAAGCAGAAUGAGCCAUGGCAAGAGAUCAUUGCCAUGUCCAGACUCCAAUGAAGUUGCCACCAGUACAUAUGAUUCUGUUCUUGUUGAUGAUGUUGCCGACACCGCCGCCUUCAUCGCAGCUGUGUCGGAGAUGAACAAGCAGAUCAGACUGGCAGCUGGAUGGCGGCAUCGUGUACAGGGUCGUCCCCGGCCGCGGCACCGACGUAGCCACCGCCGUCUCAGUGAGCCCAACGACGGCGAUGGCACUGAGUCCGGGUGGCGCCGGCGCCGUGCCUUUGAGGCCGAGGCUGCACCCAUUGCCUAUGUUGCCACUGCCGAGCACGGAGACGCGGCCACAGCCUUGCAUCCGCAGAAGAGAUGGUUGCGUCCAGCGGGAUUCCUCGUCGUAUUCCGUGGCUGGUGUUCAUCAUUUGGUGGAGGCUCGGGACAGAGUAGCGCCGCCCACUGCAGCUCGACAGGUGGCACAACAAUGAACGAGAGACCAUGAGAACACUGAUGAGGCCAUGGAGUGGAGGCGCUCGAAUGCGCAGCUCGGCGACAUCGUCGGUGCGUAGAAAACCAGUCUCAGCGACGCGACAUCGUCGCCGGUGGAACUGAGAAAAUACUGAUAGCGGCCAUGCGGCUUCUACUUGACGACUCGGUGCGAUGGCCGCGGCCGUGUGGCUUCCCUCGGCG